UUCCUGAAAUUUCGUGCCCGGUCUGCACAAACGCCGCUUUCUUCCGUUUUCCAUGUCAUUUCCUGUAAUAAAAAGAUGGUGGUCAUAGCAGAGAGAAGCAGCUGACUGUGGUACAAACAUUUGGAGAUGAUAAACUUUGCAUCGCCCGGGACUAGUGAAAUCCCCCCGUGCUGUUGCGUCACCGCCGCGUUUCUCUUAGCGGCCAAAGACGAGACGCGCCACGGCUGAAGAAGACCACCAAAGACCCUACGACGCACUGCGUAUAUUCUCAGACGAACAGAAGAACAUGUCGAAGUGAAACGGGGCACACAGGAGUUUCUCUUUCCUGCCCAGAUGGCAGAUUCCUGUGCUGUUCCAGACCACUCUUCCAUGGAGGCAGAGGCCGAAUGCAGCACCAGUGCCUCAAAUGAGAAGUCAACUGAAGAGCCAAACAAAAAACCAAAAGUUGACCAUGAGCACUGUACCAGUUUUUAUUUCUGUGAAGAGUGUAAGAAGUAUUUCUUGGAGGACUGCCCUACCCAUGGGCCGCCUGUCUUUGUGCCGGACACUCCUGUGGCGUCAGGGGUGCCCAAUCGGGCAGCUCUCACCGUACCCUCAGGCAUCGAGGUCCGCCGAGAUGGUGAGAAGGUGGAUGUCUGCUGCAUGGAUGAAAAUAUACCAAAGGGGGUGCUGUUUGGUCCUUAUCAAGGCCAAAUAAUGACCUCAGAUGAACCUUCAGGGCCAUACUCCUGGAUGAUUGUUGAUAAGGACAACAAAUAUAAAUUCAUUGAUGGGAGUGAUGAAACUACAGCUAACUGGAUGAGGUUUAUUCAGAUUUCUUCAGAAGAGAGUGAAAAGAACUUGAGUGCAUUUCAACAUGGCAAUCAAAUCUACUUCCGAGUGUGUCGGAGACUGACGGUGGGCGAGAAACUUCGUGUGUGGCACAGCAGCGAGUACAUGAGGCGACUGCAGAGUGUGUCUCGGGACAGCAUUGACCGCAAUCUAGACACAGGAGUGAAAUUAGAAGAGCACGAUGAGCCCAAAGGUCCAGUGUUGAGGUCUGCAAUGCACGGUAGAAGGACCCUAAGUAAGCAUGGAAGUGAUGAGGCAGAAAACCAGCCCCAGGCCAAGAAAAAGAAGAUUGACCUCAUUUUCAAAGAUGUUCUGGAAGCAUCUCUGGAGGCUAAUCAAAGUCAGAACAACCCACUGAACAGCACCUUGUCUUUUCCAAGAGCAAGAACAAAUGUCUGCCAGGUUUUCAGCCAUCCUGACGGUGAGUGUAAAGUGUCAGUCUUUGCCUCUGGAUUGGCUUCCAUGGAUCACCACGAGAGUGGCUUUGAUGCCAAAUGUAUUAAAAUGGAAGACACGGAAGAAGAUGCGACCCUGACCGGCGAAGGACCAUCGACAUCUUUCUGCCCGAACUGUGUGAGGCUAAAACGACGAAUCCGUGAGCUGGAGGCUGAACUGCUCCGUCUCAGAGGACAGGGGCAUGUUGAAAUUAAGCCUGUACCACCAUCUGAGCCCCUUCCUAGUGAGGACCUCAGAGACUCCAUGACGCCAAUCCCAGCGGUGCUUGAAGAGGAUGACCAGGAUGUUGAUUCUGCUGAUGAAUCCAUUUCUGCUGACCUCAUGGUGGCUGCGGAUGAGUCUUCAAAACUCUCGGUGGGCUCAGGUCGUCGGAUUCGCCGCUUCAAACAGGAGUGGCUGAAGAAGUUCUGGUUUCUCCGUUAUUCACCCACACUGAAUGAGAUGUGGUGCCACGUGUGCAGACAAUACACCGUCCAGUCCUCCCGUACCUCUGCUUUUAUAAUUGGCUCCAAGCAAUUCAAGAUCCACACCAUUAAACUGCACAGCCAGAGCAAUCUGCACAAGAAGUGUUUGCAGCUUUACAAACUUCGCAUGCACCCGGAGAAAACUGAGGAGAUGUGUCGUAAUAUGAUAACACUCUUCAACGCUGCCUACCAUCUGGCUUUGGAAGGACGGCCAUUUUCCGAUCUGCGACCCUUGGCAGAGCUCCUCAAGAAGUGCGACCUCAAAGUGGUGGAUCAGUACAUGAAUGAAAAUGACUGUCAGAUUCUCAUCCAACACAUCGCUCGAGCAUUCAAAGAGGAUCUGGCUGAGAAGAUUCGCCUUUCGCCCUUUUUAAGCAUCAUCAUGGAUGGACAGCACGACGAUCUCCUGGCUGACACUGUUGCCGUUUACGUCCAGUUCACCACCACUGAUGGUCUUCCUGCCACCGAGUUCCUCUCCCUGCAAAGGCUUUGCGGGGGCAACGUGGAAGGCUACCUUCAGGCCGUGGAUCGUGCCUUUGGUGUCCUUGGGCUAAGACUCCAGGACAUGCUAGUUGUUGGCUUGGGAAUAGAUGGCUCAAACAUCUCCUCUAGUCUGAGGGCAAAUCUUUACAUAGCCAUACAAAAGACAAUCCCUUGGUUGUUGUGUCUUCCUGUGAUGAUCCAUCGCCCCCAUUUAGAGGUUCUGGAUGCCAUCAGUGGUAAGGAACUGUCUUGCUUGGAGGAUUUGGAGAACAAUUUGAAGCAACUGCUUAGUUUCUACCGGUAUUCUCCACGUAUGAUGGCUGAGCUAAGGUCAACAGCCCCAACUCUGUCCGAGGAAGCCGAAUUUCUUGGGGAUAUAAGGGCCGUUCGUUGGAUCAUAGGGGAACCCAAUGUUCUCAAUGCCCUAAUUAAGGACUAUUUAGAGGUGGUUGCUCACUUGAAGAGCAUAAGCAGCCAAACCCAGAGAGGUGAUGCUGCUGCCAUCGCUCUGUCUCUUCUACAGUUCCUGUUGGACUAUCAGUCCGUGAAGCUGAUCUAUUUUCUGUUGGACAUCAUUGCUGUCUUUUCACGACUUGCUUUCAUCUUUCAGGGGGACUAUUUGUUGGCGUCACAGGUGGACGCAAAAAUUGAGGAUGCCAUUCAUGAGAUUGGUCAACUGGUGGAUUCCCCAGGGGAGUACCUACAGGAGUUUGAAGACAACUUUCGAGAGAGUUUCAAUGGUGUGGACCUCAAGAACUUGCGGGUUGCAGAGUCCAAGUUUCAGUCCAUUCGAGAGAAGAUCUGUCAGCGAAGUCAAGGCAUCCUGGCCCAACGUUUUGAUACACGUAGUCGCACAGUGGUCCAGGCUUGUCAGGUGCUUGACCUGGCCUCGUGGCCUCUUAACAGGGAUGUUCUUGGCGCAUAUGGAGAGGAGGAGAUCCUUGUAAUUUUUGACCACCUGGAGACUCUUCCUUCAUCCGGGCGCAAACUCUCUCGAGAAAGAAUAGAUGCCAGAGGAAGUCUUGUGGUUGAAUGGAGGGAUCUGAAAGCUGAUUAUUGUAGUGUGAAUGGUUUUAAAGAAGUAGUCAGCCACAUCUUCAGAUACAAGCAACGUUUUCCUCUUCUCAAUCACAUCCUGCAGGUUGUCAGGGUCUUGCCAACGUCAACGACCUGCUGCGACAAAGGAAGAGGUUCAUUGCAAAAAGUGCGCCGAAAUAGCCGUUCCAGACUGACUCUGGAUCAGAUCAAUGAUCUGCUCACCUUGGCCAUUAACGGACCGCCUAUCGGUAACUUUGAUGGAAAGCGAGCAUUGGACAGCUGGUUUGAAGAGAAAUCUGGGAACAGCUAUUCGCUCUCAGCAGAGGUGCUAAGCAGAAUGUCCACCGCCGAACAAAAGUCUGUGUUGCACAAUAUGGAUAUAAAUGCAGAGUAUUAUCCUGAUAUGUGACUGAUCAGAGCCAAUUCCUCAGCCAACAUGAUUCCAAAAAAGCCAUCUCAUUGGAAAAGGGCUGAUCGGGACUAUAAUGUGAUUGGCCAAGUAGUUUGACACUGGCCCUGCUGCUAAUGGCCUAGAUCAGCGUCUUCUCUAAGAGUCGGUAUGAAUGCCUUUGCAGGUCGCAGGCACAUGAAACACUUUAAAAUGUUCAUGUAAAUGGUUGUGAUGUGUUGAUAUGUGUUUUUGUUCCAAAGAGAAACUAUUUUCUAGUCGUGAGGAUUGUUGCCGUUAAGUGAAUGUUCGACUGAGCACCAUUUCAUCAGGCGUUGGUGAAUGAAGCCUCCUUACAGUCUUUUGUAAUCUCUGAAAAUGUCACCUUCUUGCAAAAGCUGAUUUAGCUGAAAACUUUCUGGAAAAACUGUUUUAUUAUUCUGUCUGCAAUAUAAUUCGAGCAAUCAUUCUGUAUUUGUAUGUAGACUUGUGUGUGUAGGAAAAUUAUCUAACAAAAAGUGCUUAAUUUUUUAGCAUGUUCUUUAUGCUGGUUAUCGCUAAUCGGAAUGGAAAUAGCCACUAUUUUGCCAUGCAGUAUAUUCCUAACAUUUUUGUAUCUUUUUUUUUUUUUUUUUUAGAUGCCCUUUAAAUCAGGGGUCCUCAAAAUCCGGUCCUGGAGGGCCACUGCCCUGCAGAGUUUAGUUCUAGCCGUAAUCAAACACUCUUGAACAAGCUUAUUAAAGUCUUCAGAUUUACUAGAAGAUUACAGGUGUGUUUGAGCUAAAGUCUGCAGGACAGUUUAGAGGAGCCCUGCUUUAAGUUUACCAUUACUCUUAAGAUUACAUGUAAAAAUGGUUUGAAAACAUGUUGAUGUGCCAUAAUACUUUAUGCAAUCAGGCACCUGUAAUGUGCAGUUUACACCUAAUCUGAUUUAAAGUAUAUAGCCUAAAUAUGCAAGGUUUGAAUUCCUUACCAACAGAAAAAAAUGUCAUGUGCUGGUGUUUGAUUUCUGGUACAUGUUUUAUGUACAGUUACAGACAGCCACUUCAGGUCUCCUUAUAAGCCAGUUCAAAUGAUAAUAUAGUUAAAUUUUCAUUUCGGUUUUACUCGAUUUUACUAUUGAUGCUGUAUCAAAGCAACAAAUAUAUCAUAUGUUUACUUUUUAAUGCUGCAUAUAGGCAGCCUAAAUAGUCUAAUGACUGAAAAUUUAAAAUGAUGAAUAUUUCAGUAAUAAUAGCCCCAAAUAUAAUCACUCUCUGUCUUCAUCAGCCAUACUUUUCUUCGGAUUCAAAUGCUUGUGCAUGACGUCACCACUAGUAGGCGACACUGUACAACAAUUUACCUUUGGCAAUUUUUUUAGACAUUAAGUACCUGAAAGAAAUUCAUUUUAUUUUAAUGUCAUACAAGAACAAAUAUUUUGUAUUUUUGAUUGUUAUUGUGUGCAUUCAUGUAAUUUACCAGUGUGCAUGUCUUAUGGUCAGCAGCAUUUUUUUUUUUCACUGACUUUUAAUUAGUUAUUUUGCCGUACCUUGCCUUGCCACUAAAUUCCAUCGAUUAUACCUGUGCAAUAUAUAUUUUACAAUUAAAUUGUAUGUUCUUAAAUACAGGCAAGUUUAAAACUUACUUAAAAUGUUAAUUUAAACAAAACUCUGGAAUUUAGAGGUUCCCAGUGUGAUCAAGCAUGUUUUAUAAAAGGCCUAUGGAUUUGCCCUUUUUAUUUUGUUCUAGAAAUUUCCAUACUUUUCAUUCAUAACUAUUUUAAAAAGUAAUUUCUCAGGGUCAAAAAAAAAAAAGUGACCAGUUGAGAUCUAUUAUUAAAAUUAAGGCUAUUAAAGUCAUAUUUGCAAUGUUGUAGUUAAAAUUAAACAUGAGUUAUGUCAGUUUUAUUCAUAUAACUGUUAAAGCGUCAUUAUUAUCCAUUAAGAAAAUAUUGUAAUCUGUGGUAUAUCUCCAUCUAUCAAUCUAAAAAAAAAUACAUGCAGUAUAAUAUGCUGCAUUCACGCCAUGUCUAAAUUACCAUGUUUAAAGUACAGUGGUCACAUGGUACAAGUAGGCGUUCCCAGUUUACAAGUUGUAAUUACGAGCUUUACGAGGACGUGAACGUUUUUUACAAGUUGAAAUCUCUUAAUAGGUAAUUAAGACAUGGUGUGAACGUACCUAUAUUAAAUAGUAUUGAUUGUUCUCACUUUAUACUACGAAAUGGUGCAGUUAAAUGCAGUGUUCUCUAAAGAUACGUUAACUUUUAACUAUCCACAUGCACAGUUAAGACUUGACUACCUUCCAUGUGCUGCAAGGUUUUACAUUGAUCAAAUUUUCUAGAGAAAUUAAAACAGCUUGUCUUUUUUUUCAAAAUAGAUUUAGAUUUUGCACGUCUGAAAAUUUAGCAUGUUUAAAGCUUUAGAAAGGUUGUAUUUUAGGGAAAACAUUUUGAUAAAUCCAUUUUUUUAUUCUGUUUUAAUGAAUGUACAUUUUAAAAGCUGUGCUACGCUAAAGAUUAUUAUGUUUAUAACUAUUAUGUUUCAAAGUAGUUUGCAUUUUUGUUAGCAUUUCUCGUCCCAGUGAGCAAUUGAUGUCAAAGCAUACCCACAUCUGAACUCAUUUGGAAUAGCAAUAGGAUUGUGUAAAGGAUUAAUAAGUGCGCUGCCAAAAAUCAAAACGUUUUGUUUCAUUUAUGCAUGUAUGUGAAUGCUUUUGAAUGUUAGACUGUUACCUCACAGUGAGGUAUGCCAUCGAGUGAAUCUUCUCUUAUUGUGUUGGGAGUUAUACGCCCUAGCUGUGUCAAAGCUAGCGUUUGCUCGUCUUCAAUGGUGAAUUCUGAUCAAAUGAGCCAAAGUCAAGCCUGAUUUUGUUUAGUUAAGGCUUUCAUUUUCCUUUCAUCAAAUACUACGCGUACCAAAUGUAAAUGUUAUGCUAGAUUCAUAAUUUUGUGCUUCUUGAUUUACUUGUCAUGUAAUCACAAUAAUGUUCAUUGUCCAUAUUAUGAAUUAUUAUGAAAUGUUUUUCAAACAAUUAUUGAUGAUCUAUUUUUAUGUGGGAGACAUUAGGUUUAAGGCCUAAGGAACAAAGUUACUUCUGAUUUCAAGUUUAUUUUCUAACGGAAUUAAAUGAAAUAAGUGAAUGGUAGCUCUAUAAUCUCAUUCAGUUUCUUUUUGCCGAGAAAUAUGUCACUUGCUUGGAUUUAUACAUCAUACACACCUUCUUCCUGAAAACAUAACACUGGAAACUCAAGAAUAUGAACUACAUGUGAAAUGUAUUACAUGUGAGAAUGUGUACAUGUAUUAUAGACACCCACUUAAAAUGACAGCAUAUGGAAUCUAUAUUCAACAAAUAAUGGUUUAAUAAAGUUUUUUAUGUUA